CAAGAGGAGACAAGCUCGACGGUGCUGGUUGUGAACACGACACCAUUGCCACCGCCUCCUCCUCCGCCGCCAAAGUCAACCUCAACACCGCCUCCUCCUCCUCCUCCUCCACGGACAUCCACAUCAACACCGCCGCCGCCUCCUCCUCCUCCACGGACGUCCACAUCAACACCGCCGCUUCCUCCUGCUCCUCCUCCGCCGCCAGUGUCGACACCGGCACCGCCCCCUUCUCCUUCUCCAGCACCAAGGUCAACAUCGACACCGCUGCCGCCGCCUCCUCCUCCUCCGCCGACAACGACAGCGUCAAGAGCUCCAACUUCAUCUCCGGUCGUACCCCCUACGACUCUAUUACCAGCACCAUCCCCGGCACCAUCCCCGUCACCUUCGACAACGCAGAAGGCUGAGACCACAUCAGCUUCACCGACGAUGUCCUCCACCUCGCUGCUGUCGUCGGCUGCUUCGACUUCGUCGGCUACUUCGACUUCGUCGGCCACUUCGACAUUGUCGACAAUAGCCUCGGCCACGCUGCCCAUCGCUUUACCCGCCACCACCACCGGCGCCGCCGGUGGCGGACUACUACGCCCUACUCAAGGAGCAGGACCGCCAGUUCAACGACUCGUUGAUCCAGCCAAAGGGUCCUUCCUCGGUGGUGAUCCGUCAACAAAUAUAGAUGUGCCCGUCACGUUCCUUUUCCUGCUGCUAUUCGCGGCUGGUGCCUAUACGCACAUCCGGAUCUACCGGGCCAACGCCAAGCGCGGGC